AUAAGUUAGUGAAAUUGGUCAAGGACAAAAAAGGUAAGCAGUCAAAAUUCGUUGCAAUUCAUCUGAUUAACUCUACUUAAGAAGCAAAUAAAAGAAAGAAGAAAGUAAGCAUCCCUUCUAUUCAAUGGCACUUAAUACAACGCCAAACCAUUGACAGCUCCUGACGUUAAAGUCACCAAUCACCUGAAGGGAAGUUCAGUUAAAAUGAUGACCAUAAAUGGCAAUGAUCCGUAAUGAUGUCCCUUCUUAGCGAAAAAAAAAACACAAAACCAUUUUUAUAUUCUAGUCAACCUCUGGAUACAGGGCACUGAUUUUAUCGGCAAAAAUAUUGUAAUUAUAAAUAUGAGAAAAAAUAGGGUUCUCCUUUUUUAUACUAACCAAGACAUUUAUGAAUCUUGAAAAAAUGACCCGACUAACUGAGGCGGUUCAAACAAAGGAAGUUAGAGGGAAGGAGAUUGGAGGCGCUUAAUGCAAUUACGUGGGCAAUUCAUCUACAAGGCUUUUGACUUUGCAGCACUUCUGGGCCUAAGGCCAGAAGUUAAUGAUUUCCAAUUUCUUACUAGAUCGGGCCAGAAAUCCUCCCAGCAAGUUCUUAUUUAGCUCGCUUUCUAACCAGUGGAGCUCAUCUAGCUAUUCCCAUUUGGCUCCUUUAUAACACUCUAAAUCAGAUUGCUUCCCCGCAUUGUUUUACCCAUUGACUUAGCUGCAUUCUUUUAUUCAGUGAAUUUUCAAAAAAGCAAAAGGGCUACUUUUUAUCGGCAAAAAUUAAUGAAAGAGGAAACGAGCCCACACAAUAUAAACAAAAGCAAUUUUGCUUAAUUUCAACAGGUAUUAUUUUCGUUUUAAACCACCGGUGUUGUUCCUGAUAAAAAAAUCAAAGGAAUCUCAGAUAGCGUCUCGUAACUUUAUCACUGCAAACUAUAUCGAAGUACAAAAAAUGAGCUCCGAAACCGACUAUCAAUCACUCGGCUGUCUGCACGAAUGGUUCUCGCGCGAAUGUCCGAAUUAUUAUGAGAAGACAGCAGUGUAUUUCGAAGAGAAAUCCCAAACCUACAGGGAGUUGGAUCACAAUUCGACACUGCUUGCGGCAUGGCUUCAACAAGAGGCAAACAUAAAAGUUGGAGAUUUGGUUGUGAUCUACCUUCCUAAGUGUCUCUCCUUCCCCACCUGCUACAUUGGCAUCAUGAAGGCAGGGGGUGGGUACCUCCCCCUGGACAUCAGCAACCCAGACGCACUCCUUAUGUCAGUGCUAGAAGACGCCACUCCCAAGUGUAUAAUCACCACUGUCAGUCUAGCCCAGGAGAAGAUGAAGAAGAUUCUAGAAGAGAGUGGAAGCAACAGCAAGUUGUUCAUAAUUGACGAUGAUGGGUUCUGGAGGGAUGAACUGGAUAACAACGACGAUGCAUCUGCAACAUAUAAAUGGACACCUCCUAAGAUGACUUUGGAUGACCUCGCUUUCGCCGUCUACUCAAGUGGGACAACCGGAAAACCCAAAGGCAUCCUCAACCCCCACAGGGGUGCUGUGUUCAGCUACAACAGGAGACAUCUCGACUACCCUUAUGACGACAGCAUUGAAGAGAGGGUGGCGUGUAAUGUGUUCUUUGUCUGGGAAAUGUUGCGACCACUUCUCAAAGGAAGGACACUGUACAUUAUCCCAGAGACAACAAUCUAUGAUCCCAAACAACUGCUGCUCUACUUCAUCAAGCACAAGAUCACUCGAGUACUCGUCACUCCAUCUCUACUUGAAGUGGUUAUCAGUGCCCGCAACCUGCCCCCUCUCCACUCACUGUCCUUGACUCAUAUUGUGUUGUGCGGAGAGGUGGUCACGACUAAACUACUUGAGAGGACUGUGGCACAGAUUCCGAAGGCGACCAUUGUGAACCUGUACAGUGUGUCUGAAUGUCACGACGUAUGUAUGGAGAAUUUGAGCAAGUGGUCAACUGACGAAGAGAGAAAGUACUGUCCAGUGGGGAGGAUAUUCGACGGGGUCUCCAUCGCCAUCCUGGACGACAACAUGCAGUUGCAGCCGGUGGGAGUGGCGGGCGAGAUAUUUGUGGGGGGUCCCACAUUGGCCGUCGGCUACUUGAACCGACCGGAACUGACGAAGCAGCGCUUUAUCGACAGACCUCCCAAUGUACCGGCCUCUUUUGGGAAGAAACUGUACCGGACUGGAGAUUGGGGCUACUUGCUGGCAAACAAUAAGUUGGAGAUAUGCGGCAGAUGCGACUCCAUGGUUAAAAUCAGAGGCUACUCAAUUGAGUUGAAAGCUGUCGAGAACGCCCUAAGCAAACUUCCGAUGGUCGAAAACUGUGUCGUGCUUGCCGAGGGCGAGGAGGGAGACGACAAGUACUUGGUAGCUUACGUCAUUCUGACGUCAUCUUAUCGCAGCGAAGAGGCGAGCGGCGGGGAUGCGGGCAGUCAGCAUGUGAAUAUCAAGCGUGAGAUCAGGAGCAAGUUGAAGACACUGUUGCCGUUCUACAUGAUUCCGGCAACUUUUAUGUUCAUGGACAAGCUGCCAGUACUCCAAUCGUCGGCUAAGAUGGACAAAAAACAACUUCCUCCGGCUGCAACAAAAGCCGCUUCUUCUCACAAAUGGAGGUCUCCUUCUCUCUCCCUCUCCGUGGAUUUCGAAGACGACCCAGAAAGUCUCCCCAAAAACGUAAUCGAGAAGAAACUGCACAAGAUAUGGAAAAAGGUGUUGCAUAUGAAGACGAUAGACGUGACAGAGUCUUUCUUCGACCUGGGAGGACACAGUCUAGCAGCCACCUACAUGUUGGAGAUGGUGUACGACCAACUCAAUGUCGAACUCAGAGUGCACGAGCUGUUCCAGUUUCCUAGCAUAGUGCAACUAGCUAAGCUGAUUGAGAGCCGCAAAUUGGGCACCAAGAUUGACAGCGAGUUAGUAGAGGAACUAGAUCUCCAGGAAGAAGUGACCAAAUACGAGCAGCCAGAGAGGAACUUCGACAUCCAACUCAGGGCAUUCUGGAGAUCAUUUGCACUCCUCGAUACCAAAUGGAGACGAGCUAAUGUAUUGCUUACAGGAGCCACUGGGUUUCUAGGUGGAUUCAUUCUACAGGAGCUACUUUUGAAGACCCAAUGCUAUGUGUUCUGCAUCGUGCGUGAAGCCGGCAACGGUGUCUCAGUUGAAUCACGACUGAGAAACAGUCUGAAAGAAGCCAUGAUCCUGCCCGACAAGACCAAACAACCAAGUGAACUACAAGAAAUGAUUCAGGAUGCAUUCGAUUCACGGGUGACUGUGAUUAAGGCAGAUCUGUCUCUUGAGCAGCUAGGAGUGGACGAGGAGACUUAUAACAUGCUGAUGUAUGAAGUGGAUAUAAUUAUACAUGCUGCCGCUCAGGUCAAUUUGGUCUACCCCUACGCUGCUUUGCGACGAGCUAACGUGUUUGGAACCCAGAACAUGAUUAACUUGGCAGGUGCAGCCAAGAUCAAACCUCUGCACUAUAUAAGUACCAAUGCUGUGUUCCCUGCACGACCGGGAUACACUUACAAAGAAGAAGAGGAUCUGGAUAAUUAUGCCUCUGAUCUUGUCGAGGGCUACGGACAGUCCAAAUGGGUAUCUGAGCAGCUCGUCUCCAAAGCUAGAGAACGAGGUCUCCCAAUUGUCGUCUAUCGUCCUGGAAACAUCGGCGGUGACUCUGUCAAUUGCUACUGGAACCCACAGGACCUGAACUUAGCUCUUCUUCAGGCAAUCACUGUCACUGGCAGUGUCCCUAACGUAGACUGGGUUCUCGAGGAGACUCCCGCUGAUUUCAUAGCCAGAUUUAUUGUAUGUUGCAUGCAGGAUAUCCGAAGCGUCAACGGGAAGACCUUCAAUUUGGUCCAACCUCAGCCUUUGGAUGAUAAAACUCUGCUUCAGUGGAUGUCCAACUUCGGAUACAAGUUGGAACCCAAGCCUCUCAAUGAAUGGAUUGAUACUGUUCAAAAUUUCGCUUCGACUAAACUGAAGGCUACAGUUAAAAAUCUACUAAAAGAAAUGAACAGUAACAACAGUUUGUUCAACCUGGAGAAGACUAAGUUCUCUGCUGAGGGAACCAACGCGGCACUGAAGGCGUUCAAUAUGCCGACGUACCCGUUGGCUGAUAAUGCAUACCUGGGAAACUUGUUCGCAAAGCAGAUUCAAAGAAACGUACUGGAACCACCUCCAAAAACCAUCAGCGUUGUCAGCUCUAUUAGGAUGGACAACAUCAAAGGAAAAGUUGCAAUUGUAACUGGUGCAUCCAGCGGAUUCGGGAAGGCCAUUUCAAUCUUAUUAGCCAAACAAGGGGUCAAAGUCGGCAUGGCGGCACGACGCAUCGAACGACUCAACGAGAUCUCCCAAACUAUUUCAGCGGAAGGUGGACAAUGCUUAGGAGUCCAGACUGACGUCACAAAACUCAAAGACGUCGAGGAAAUGCAUCGAAAAGUGGAGCUAGCACUAGGUCCGGUUGACAUCCUGGUCAACAACGCAGGCUACAUGCAUUACACCGAAAUGACCUCACAAGCUUAUUCUGAGUGGGAUAAAACUGUUGAUAUCAACAUCAAGGGUGUCAAUAACUGCAUAGGAGUUGUACUUCCGGGAAUGGUCAAACGCGAGAAGGGACAUAUUGUUAACAUGAGCUCAGACGCUGGAAAGCGCGGAUUCGCCGGUCUAGCUGUGUACAGUGGAACCAAAUUUUACAUCGAAGGACUAUCUCAAGCCAUUCGUCAGGAGGUUUCGAAAAACCACAUCAAAGUAACAUGCAUCGAGCCCGGAAACGCAGAAACCGAGAUAUUUGCAAACUCUUACGACUCCGCAGCACGAGAAAAGUACGACGGCACGCUAGCUGGGAAGUAUCCAAUCUUGUCUCCAGAAGAUGUCGCACAGUCAGUUUUGUACGCAGUCAGUCAACCCGAGCAUGUUGCAAUCAAUGAGGUUCUAAUCCAGCCAAGAGCAGAAGCAUUCUAAAUUUCAGCAUGUGAAACUGGAGGAACCAAAACAUCUAUAUAUUCUAUUAAAAGAUGAUUUAACAAGAAAUCGCCUGUCGCGGAUAACUUAAAAAUUGAAAU